AUGGACAACUUUCUCGAAACACAGCUCCACCCCGCCGAGAUCUGCGUAGUCUGCACGGAGCCCUUUAGCUUAAGUCACCAACCCGUUGCACUACCCUGUAAGCACAUCUUCGGCCAUGAGUGCAUCAAGAAGUGGCUCAAAAGUGGACAAGGAAACUCAAGCGCAUGUCCAACAUGUAGAUACGUCGUUGUCGAGAAAAGGACUCCUCGAGUAGACUUCGAUACAUCCUCAAUAUGGAAAGCACUUUGCGAUCAGCCCCCUGAGCGCCUCAACUCCCUCAUGAUGGCUAUAUGGCCUGGUCUCAAAAUCCUUUGGCAACGCCACCCGUCUGGAAAUUUCAGCAUAACCGAAAUCCUAGACCAAGCCGUUAUACCCGCGCUCAUCAAGACAGCGCGCAGGACCGAAUCGCCACAAGAUCGAAGCUAUGAUCCUGUUCUAGACUGCUACAACCUUGUUGCCGCAUCGUGGGAUUCUCUUGGCCGUCCGGAUACUGCGACUGGGCUUGCGAUUGCGUUCGUGAGACUAGCGCGUUUGAUGUCCACAGCGUCGGCCACGCUGCCCAAAUGGCUAACUUCAACUGCACGCACAAACCGUCUGCUUUGGAGGGCAAACGCAAGUCUAGGAAUUUUUGAGCUAGACGUGAGCUGGGACUUCAUCAUUGAGGCUACAAAUUUGGAGGAGGAACAAUACUUUCCGCUGCUGCAUCUAUACACCGUGCUCGUCUCUCAGAGUAUAGCUCACAACAGCCAACCAACUCCUUGGCCGACAAGACGGCAUGAUAUUAUGAAUUUGGUUGUUGAGCGGUGCUGUACGAAAAUUGGAGGCACAUUUUGGAAAGGAAAGCCAUCAAAUAAGUUCAAGGACGUUCUAGUUGCGGUGUAUGAAGAAUUGAGACGAUAUCAGUUGGAGAAGGGGAAGAUGAGCUUGAGGGGACAUGACGGUGAAGAGCGCGUCGUGAAGGGUAUUUGGGCCCUAGCGGGUUGGACAGCGAAGAAAGUUGAGGUUCGCUGA